CAAGAAUCAAGAUGUCCAACAGCAAUCUUUUGUGGUGGGUGCGUGCUGAGCUCAUGGCAGCUCACCCGACGACCUUGCCUGGUGGGUGGCUAUCAAGAUGUCCAACAGCCCGUCUAACUUUUGUGGUGGGUGCGUGCCGAGCGCAUGGCAGCUCACACGAUGACCUUUUCUGGUGGGCGGAUGAUGAUGCAGAUGCAGAUACCUACCAGACAUUGGAAAUCUAGUGGCUCGAGUGGUCUCAUUGGCCCUGGGAAACGCCGUCAAGAAAGCCAUACCUGGCGGCGUGGCCGCAGGUUGGCUUCACAGCCAGUCGUGCAUGUCGCGGGAGCUGGAUGUUUUUUGUUUUCUGCGUUGUUUUUGCUUUGUUUUGCUUUGUUUGGAGGUUUCCAGGAAUUAUUAUUGUUGCUGUGUUUUUGUAUUACUAUGAUAAUUACUUCGGUUUACCAUGGGUAGAUUACCUGGAUGUGGG